AUGGAAGCUGUGUCAGAUGCCAAUGUUGCUCAACCAAACUUUGCAAGGAUUGCAGAACAUCAUCGCGGACUCGCCGAGGAACUGUCAAAAUGUAGCAAUCUGCCUUCGGUGGAUACAGGCGCUGCUCUCGCCCAAACCCUAACAUCUAUAAUGACCGAACUACGAGACAUGAACAGAAGUUUGAACAGGCGCAUGGAUGAUAUGGAUCGGCGGAUGGACGAGAGAUUCGGGAACCUCCAACGGGAAAUGCGUCAAGGUUUUCACGAUAUGCAGCUCCGAAUCAAGACUGUAGACUCGAACAACAUUUCACGAUUAGUGAAUAGCCAAAUCGUCUCAAACACUACAGAUUUGGCACCGUUAUGUGCCCUUCAGACAGGAGACCCAAUUGAAGGCUUUCCACAGACGCCGUCUGAAAUUGCUCGUUUAUCAAGCCAACAAAUCAAUUCAAUUUUACGCGCUCUCGAGAUUGACACCGCUGGUACAAUAGAUGCAAAAAGACAACGACUACGCUUAUACCUUGGACUUAAAGCAGUUCCCGUUUGA